GUGCUAUGAUGAAGAUGACAGAAGCAAUGGAUGGUUGGUGCCGUUGAAAUCUGUUUAUGAGGGGACAGAUUGGAACAUUUUGCUUCAGUGGCAAAGGGGACCUGUUCCAUCAUUUGCUAGUGCACCGGUACCCAGAAAUAAAAGUGAGUACACUGGACAGAAUUCGCAGAGCUUCAGAGCUGGACCUGCACAGUCUCAGAAUAGUAUGGCACAAGGAAGUAACCGGGAAUGCCCAAAGAACAAGCAAGUUAGUGGAAAUCUGGGCAGUAGGGCCCAAUCCUCUUCAGUUGUCCCACCCGACAGGAUGGCACCUAGAGGAUCUACUUCUAAUACCGGUGGAGGAGCAAAUCGCCUCUAUGCAAUCACCAGUCGCCACGAGCAAAAGAACUCUCUGAAUGUUGUCACUGAGGAAGGAGCAAAAACAACAAUGGCCGAUCCAGUAAUUGGUGCUACUGUUCAAGUUGUGCUUGACAAGCUGCUUUCUCUCACUAUUGAGAAAUAUUUGGAUCUACGUACGAAACUCCGAGAUGAACUAGGAGGAAAAAGAUAUUUGCUUGUCUUAGAUGAUUUGUGGCGUGUUGACCUUCCAGUGUGGGAUGAGUUCAUGGACAGCUUGAGAGGAAUAAACACUUCCAGAGGAAACUGCAUUCUUGUGACGACUCGUACGAAACUGGUGGCAUCCACAGUAGCAGCAGUAGGUCCUCAUAUGUUGGAAAAAUUAGCAAAAGAUCAUUCUUGGUCGAUUUUCAAACAAAGAGCAUUUGUUGAUGGGGAAGUUCCGGAGGAAAUACUGAGUGUGGAGAACAGGAUUGCUGAAAUGUGUCAAGGUCUACCGUUGGCAGCAAGUGUUUUGGGAGGUCUCUUCCGCAACAAGGAGAAACAUGAAUGGUGGGCAAUUCUUGAUGGAAACCCCCUUGUUGCAGAUGAAAAUAGCUUGAAGAAAAUCCUAAAACUCAGCUAUGUUAAUCUACCAUCUCCAUAUCUAAAAAAAUGUUUUGCUUACUUUGCAAUGUUUCCAAAAGAUUUUAAGUUUGAAAAGGACAAACUAAUCCAACUCUGGAUGGCAGAAGGGUUUCUUCGUCCAAGUCAAGAGAUUCCUGUUAUGGAAGACGUCGGGAACAAGUUUUUUCAAAUACUGUUGCAAUAUUCCUUGCUGCAAGAUGUUGAGCUAGAUGAGCACAACAAUACAACACGAUGUAAGAUGCAUGAUCUUGUGCACGAUUUGGCUGGAGAUACAUUAAAAUCUAAACUAUUUGAUACGGAAAGUGUUGGAGGUAAAAAUCUUUCUCAAGUUCGAUACUUUGGAUGGGACUCACCAACUGAUCAGAUAGAUAAGAUAAACGAGCCAGGACUUUUGUGCACAUUGUUCUGGAAAAGCAAUAUAUCUGAUGAUGUGCUAUUGAGCUUUCAGUUCUUGAGAGUUUUAAAUUUGUCCGGAUCAGGCAUCAAGGAGUUGUCAGCCUCAAUCGGCAAGCUAAUAUACUUGAGAUAUCUUGAUCUCUCCAACACUAAGAUCGUAGCCUUGCCCAACUCCAUUUGCAAGCUCUACAAUUUGCAAACAUUUAGAGUCAAUGACUGUCGUUCACUCAGGAAGCUUCCAGAAGAAAUGGCAAAUAUGAUAAGUUUGAGACACAUAUGUUGGUACGAUCGUUAUGGAUCAGAUAUGCAGACGCCACUUAAUAUGGGGCAAUUGACUAGUCUUCAGACGCUACAGUUUUUCUACGUAGGUUCAGAGAAAGGUCAUCGGAUAGAAGAAUUAGGUCGUUUGAAAAACCUUAGAGGUGAAUUGAAGAUCAAACAUCUCCAAUUAGUUGGAAAUAAAGAAGAGGCUCAAACAGCAUAUUUACAGGAGAAACCAAAUAUCUACAAGCUGGCAUAUUUGUGGUCCCAUGAUGAAUCAGAAGGCUGUGAGAUCAAUGAUGAGCAUGUGUUGGAUGGUCUUCAACCGCAUCCUAACUUGAAAGCCUUAUCAGUAGUGGACUAUUUAGGGACUAAAUUUCCUUCAUGGUUCAGUGAAGAGUUGCUACCAAAUUUGGUCAAGUUGAAAUUAAGUGGUUGCAAAAGGUGCAAAGAAAUUCCAUCCCUUGGCCAACUGAAAUUCCUUCAGCAUCUUGAGCUGGUAGGAUUCCAUGAGUUGGAAUGCAUUGGACCUGAUUUAUAUGGUGUUGAGAUUAGCAAUAAUGGAUCAAGCAGCAUUAUCCAAGUGUUCCCGUCACUGAGAAAACUAGUAUUGGAGGAUAUGUGUAGCCUUAUUGAGUGGAAGGGCGAUGAAGUUGGAGUAAGAAUGUUUCCUAGGCUUGAGAAGUUGAGCAUUAGUGUAUGUCCAUUGUUAAAAAGUACUCUAAGUCAAUUUGAAAUCCUGCGUGAAUUAAGUAUUGAAGGAGUUGACAGUGAAAUGCCACUGUUGAACUUGUGCAGCAACUUGACAUCUCUUGUGAAUCUUGAUGUUUGUAAUGUGAAAGAGCUCACUUGUCUUCCAGAUGAGAUGCUACGCAACAACGUUUCUCUUCAAUACCUAUCAGUCUCAUACUGCGGAGAGUUUCGUGAAUUGCCACGAAGCUUGUACAAUGUCCAUUCUCUUAAGAGAUUACGAAUAUCCUGCUGCGCCAAUUUCAGUUCUUUUCCUGUUCCCUGUGGAGAGAACUAUUUGACUAACCUCCAAAGUUUGGUUUUAUUCGAUUGUUAUGGAUUGACCAGCUUACCAAGUGGAAUGCUAGAGCAUUGUCGGUCUCUGGAAGAUUUUAAUGUCCGCAAUUGUAACAACUUAGUUUCAUUGCCUUUACACGUGUGGGAAAUGCCUUCACUUUCCUAUUUGGGUUUAUCAGAUUGUCCCAAAUUGAUUAGUGUACCCGCAGGGGGCCUUCACUGUCUCACCGGGUUAAGGACAUUGAAAAUUGGUCCUUUCUCAGAGAUGGUGGAUUUUGAGGCAUUCCAAUUGAUUUUUAAUGGCAUUCAGCAGCUAUCGUCCCUUCGUACAUUGGAGGUAUACGGACGUACGGAUUGGGAUUCUCUGCCCCAUCAGCUUAUGCAACUCUCUGCCCUAACAGAGAUCGGAAUACAUGAUUUCGGAAUCGAGGCUCUUCCUCAUAGACUUGGCAACCUUACUUCUCUUGUAACAUUAUAUCUGGUGAGAUGCAAAUGGCUACAACAUGUGGACUUCUCAGAUGCCAUGCCCAAAUUACGGUAUCUGGAGAUCCGUGAUUGUCCAUUGUUAGAAGCUCUGUCGGAUGGGCUCGGCAACCUUGUUUCUUUGCAAGAGAUACGUUUAUGGAACUGCAAAAAACUGGAGCAUCUGCCAUCCAGAGAUGCCAUGCAACUCCUCACUAAAUUAUGGAACCUGCAAAUUAGUGCCUGCCCACACUUAGAUAAAAUCAGUGAUACAUCAUUCAAUGAAUGUGUGGUUCAUAGAGUCGUCAACUGGAGAAAAUUGAAGAAAUUUGUCGUCAAAGGCCAGAAAGUACGAAGUUUCACCAAAUAA